CCCGUCCCAAAGCCUCUAUCACAAAGGUUUUGGAAUACAUACCCAAGAAGAAAACGUGGCCACAUACUAUUUUACCGGGCGAGGAAUCAUUGAAAAGACUAGGUGGGCGAGAUCAGAUCUUUCUUGUUGAUGACUCUGCAUCCAUGCGACCAUAUUGGAAAGAAGUCCAACGCGUUUUCGAAGCUCUGGCGUACCUAGUCAAAACCAUGGAUCCGGACGGCAUCGAGUUACAUUUUGCCAAUAGUCCCGCGCACAAAGGUCGUGACAGAGACCGCAAGAAGCUCACAAAGAAAUUUGAAAGGGUGAGACCAUAUGGCGAAUGCCAAAUGGGUAUUGCGCUCAGCAACAUCCUCCCGCUCUACUACCAAAACUCGCACCAGAACCCGACAAGCAAGCGAUCGUCUUUGUCCCUACGAGCAGAGGAAAAGCCCCCGGUCAACAUCUACAUUCUCACAGACGGUGUAUGGUCGCCAGAUUCAUACUGCGUUUCCACCAUACAAGAUCACAUCACGAACCUGGCUGAUAAUUUGUGGAAGGCUGGCAAGUUACAGCAUGUCGGUAUUCAGUUCAUCCGUUUUGGGAAUGACGCGACGGGGAAACACCGCCUCGAAUAUCUCGACAACGAUAAAUUACAGCAUUACACAGUCCCUAUGGAUAUUGUCGAUACAGAGCCGUCCACCGGCAAUGUCUUCAAGAUGCUCCUCGCGAGUACCGAUCCUUCCUGGGAUAAUGACGAUGAUGAGCCCGGCGGCUGA